AUCAACAGAUCGUUCUGAAUUAUCUUUCUGAACAGUCAAGUCGGAUUGUUAACUAGUUGGGAUGUUGUUGUUUUGUUUAAAAUCCUAGACAACACAAGGCCUUGUUGGGAAAUUGAGAGAAAAAGCGACCGUCUGAUAAGCUACAGUGUUAUUUAUGGCUGACUCUUUUCCUUUCUUCAAGAACAUGGUGGUAUGGGAAAAACUUCCACCCCUGACAAGAGAAGGCUUGGGUUACAGUUCACCAUCUCCCUUUAGACCGAAUGAACACAAGAAGAGAAAAGGGGCUGUGAUGAAAGACUGCCAGGAAGACAUUUUCUUCUAUAACAAUUGGCCUAAUCCUGUCCAAAGAAGGCACGACUCUCCAAGGCGGAAAAUAUAUUCUGAGCAUUCUGAGGAAAAGAGAAAUACUUUAUUGGCAGGAUCUGAAAUGGACUCUAUCUUCCCUCUAAAGCCUGGAUGCCACAGAAUGCCACUGAACCCAAGUGACUGCCAAGCAGAUCGUGAUUACUUUAUACAAAAAGACAAAACCAGCCUUAAGGAGCACUCACAACAUAGUGAGCAGACCAGAAACAGGAGACAGGACAAAUAUGAUCAGUGUAAAUUGGAGCAUUUUGAUAGUGACUACAAUGACCUACCCAGAGAAAGCGGUGAAACCAAUGUCAAGUCACUCAACGGGUACCGGGUAUCACACAAGGGCAGACUUUAUGAAAAUGAGAUGCGACUGACAAAGGAAAUACGCAAAAAGGAAAUUUUAUUACAAGAAAAGUUGUUAAAAGCGGCAGAAAGAAUGAGGCAGGUUCAACUGAGAAAUGCAUUCGAAGACAAGGUGAAAGAGGAGCAGAGGAACACAGACAGAACAGAAAACAGUUUAUUUUACGCAGAGAAAGGAAACUGGGACUGGGAGAGCACCAGAGGCAGGGCUUUAGGAGGCAGAAGACAUGAAGGAAAACAAGAAGGAUUCAACAACUGGGUUACAGGGAAAGAUGGUAAAGAAAGACAGGAGAAUCAUGUGAAAGAGACACAUGCUACUCAGAAAGAGAAAAGCAAAAAAGGAAUAGAGAGGGAGGACAGGGGGAGAAAUACUCACAGAACCACAAAAACUGUGGAAAAGGAAUGGGACCAUUUUGAAGAAAUGACGAGGCAGACGCAGGAAAGGGCAAGAACUGAAAGAGACAAAACAAGGAGACAAAGAGCUGUGCAACGGUGGAAUAAUGAUAUGAGAGAAUGGGAGCAGAGAGACUGGCAGGACAAAGAAAUACUGAGAGCGUAUGAUGGAGAAAAGAGAAGACGUGAACGGCUGAAGCUUAAGAAAGAAGUAGAUAUCGGCGACGAGGAUCAGAAAUGGGACAGAAUGGACAAAUUUGCUUUAAAUUCACAUAUUAAAGGGAAAUCUGUCUCCAACCAUGAUAAAUGGAAUGUGCUUAUAAAGGACCAUUUUGCACCUCAAGACAGAGUGCAUCAGUACAGUCACAGAGCUGCAGAGGAGAUGCCUCUCAAACAGCCACUCCCUGAGGCUGGUCCAAGCACUCAGAAGGGUAAAAGGCUCCUGCAAGAGCAACUCAGUCAAGAAAGCAAUCCGGACGCUGAUUUCCAACUUGUACGUUGUGAAGUAUGUAACAGAAAGUUUAGAGAAGAUCGUCUGGAGAAGCAUAUCAGCAUUUGUCAGAAAACACAAAAACCUAAACGUCAAGUCUUCAACUCUUCACAGUACCGGGCCAAAGGCACUGAGCUAGAGGAGUUUAUGAAGACAAAUGGUCAAAGUAAAACACCAGAGCGCAAAAAGAGUAACUGGCGUCAAAAACACGAGGCUUUCGUUCGCAACAUACGCCAGGCUCGUGGACCUGCAGUCGGAGGCUUUAAGCCAAGUGAGGAUCUGAAUCCAGAUUAUGUAACCUGCCCCCACUGUAGCAGACGUUUUGCCCCUGGUCCAGCUGAGAGGCACAUUCCAAAAUGCCAGUACAUCAAGAGCAGACCUCCAGCUCCGAGGCAGCGUCAGUAAGCGUGAUUGGCAGGGAUUGUAUAGUGAUGUAUUUUUUUUUGCCUUUUAGUAAAAUGUUUCAAUGAAUUACCACUGCCCAUAAAACUAAAUGAGACUGAAAUAAUUCAGACAAAAAUAAACCUGUAAACAC